AAAAGAAGGAGAGAAGGAAAGAGGAGAGAAGAAGCAGAGGAGAGAAGGAAAGACACCUGAAAUGAAUGUUUCCGUCCACAUUCUCUUGGCUGCUGUUUGUGCCGUGUCUUUCUCCAGUCCUCAGAAGGGCUUUGAUAAAUUUCUAGAUGAAGACUCUGACAGCUCUGGCGUUGACCCAGAUGGACCUAUUCGGGGGGAUGUGAAAGUGGUCCAGCUGCACCCCAGAUUUUUCAACCAGCGACCCCCCAUCUCUCUUUUCGGGCUUGGCGCCCCCAGGAGAAUCCUGACCCCUUUCCUGGGACUGGGGAGGGAGACGGUACCGGCCCGCAGCAGCCCUGGCUCUCUGCUCAAGCCCCGGCCUCACCUGCAGACCGGCGUUGGGGUGGAGAUGAGCAGGAAGCAGGGUAUGGAAAUGUGGAAGAAAGCCAUCCAGAGGGACAGCUUGGCCAAGGAAGGGCUCCCAGUGACUCUGAAGGAAGCCUCUCAGACUGCAUGCAGGGCUGUCUCCUUCAGACAGGUAAGCCUGGAUUUUGCAGGCAGUAAUGCCCCUUUCUUUAACCACUGGACCACGCAGCCUCCUAUGAAUUCUCAAUGUCUAAUUCGUUAUCUGCUAAAGCCAUGUAAUAAUAAGGUCAAUAAAGUUCAUUUUGUGACGCAUUUUGUUUGUUUGUUUUCUCCAUUUCAGCGUGUUUCUGCUCCGGGCUGCUUGACGGUCACUCUGCAAAACAAACUGUGUCUCGGGCUGUGCAGCUCUCUGUUCGUGCCCGCAGUCGGAGAUGCGGGGUCCGCUGGAGCGCGGCCGGAGCAGUGGGCUCUCUCCGCGUCCUGCUCCCGGUGCGCCCCGGUGAAGACCCGGACAGUGCUGGUACCGAUGCUGUGCGAGGGGGUCGAGAGAGUGCGGGAGAGGCGGGUCGCCGUGGUCGAAGAGUGCCAGUGCGAGAGCCAAAACAGAGGGACGGAAGAGACAUUGUUGCGGUCACUUCUCUUGAAACGCUAACACAGCACAACAACAAACUUUACUGUAAAGUAAAGGGGCCGAUUAGAAACCCUUUUCGCGUCAUACAUGGAGAACUUAUCUGACGAAUAUAAUAUAUAAUUUAGCAUUUUUCCCACCAGUAAUUCAAAAUGAAUUGCUUUGCAUUCGUAUGUGAUUUGUAUCAACCCCUCCCAGCGCUGGACGAAGGUCGAGUGUGCCUGAAUGUGUUUGAAAUGUUCUCUAUAGACGAGUGGCAUUUGCCACGGACUGUGUGUGUGUGUGUGUGUGUGUGUGUGUGUGUGUGUGUGGAUACUGUUUUGUGAAUUAUUUCCUUACACAGAUCAGUGCGGUUUGUCUUGAUAUUUAUAUUGCACGCAACGACAGGCAAAUGCAUUGCACUGUAUUUAAAUGCACGGUUAUUUAUUUCAAUAUUUUUCUUCAGCAUUAGAAAGUAAAACCAAACUGUAUUUUUGAGCAUAACAUGGCUGAACUGAUUCCGGUAAACGCCAGGUGGUGUCGUGCUUGUGUAGAUGUUAAAAUUCUUGUCUUGGCAAUGGUUAAGAUUGCCAGAAAAUAUGUAUUGAAUCCACGACCACCGGUUUAACAUAUGUAAGCUUUGCAAUAGGGCUGACUUGACUGCCUCCCUUUAAGAGGUCCUUGGACUGUGCUAUGACUUGCUGUUUGGCGCCCUCUUGUGUGCGCUCUUCGUAUUGCACGCCUUUUUUGUGUGUGUGUGUGUCUGUAAAUACCGGUCUCGGUUUUGUUCUUGUCGUGUUGUUUAAUGUUACACGCAAAGUAUAACGUGCUUGAAGCUGCGAUAUCAGUAAACUGUCUGUCCAAAGUAUGUGUGUUUUUUUUUUUUAAAUAAAUUAAAAAUCAUAAUACAUAUUGACAUUGUAAGUUUUUGUUUGAGUGUGUGUGAGCGAGUGAUACUAAGGUGAAAUGCAGACAAUGUCCAGCAGAUGGCGCUGAGCUGUCACCUGUGUUGCAGGUAGCAAGUAGUUUUAAACUGCCGAUGUAAUAUCUGAAAUGUCCACAUGGUGGAGACAAAACGCAGUUGUAGAUGCUGUGUGUCCUGCAGUGGAAAGCCCAAAGUGGAUUAAACCAGGAAAGGCAGAGUUAAACAAUACAUCCUAUUGCAGGCACUGCAGGGUAUUUUACUGCACUGUAUUGUGAAACACAAAAUAUGUCACAGUAUAUAGAUUUGUGUUGCCUGUCGUGCAUAUGGGAUAACAUGUUCAGUGUAUUUACAUGCGUGUGCUUGAAGCCUCAGUCCGGUCGUGCUUUGUCAUGUGUUUGUGCACAAUGGUGAACAGGGUGAACUCCACACCUUCAAAGGAUAUUACAGGACCAGCAGAAUAUAAAUAAGUAGGGGUUUGACAUAAGAAGUUAAUUUUACACAGCAGAGCUCCGAACCCCGGUCCUGGGACCCUUCUGUGUCUGCUGGCUUUCAUUCCAACCAAGCUGUUACUCCACUAGACCCCGAAUUUCCCUAAUUAGACUUGUUGUUUUCAGCUCUUAAACAGCUGCAGAUUUCAAGUUAGCCGUAACAUUUUAUAAGUGACUUGAACUCUGCAAUGUUUUAGGAGCCAAUUAAAAAAAGGCCUAAUUAAGCAAAUUAGUGGUUGAAUUAAGAACCAGUGUUCUAUAGGAUGUAGAUUAGCUAGACUGCCAUAGCAGAUCCACAGCAUAAUGGCACAGCGCGAUUGCCAUUCUCUGCUUAAGAGUUAAAAAAGAAAUGUAAUAAAGCACCAGUGUUUUGGUUCUAAUGCGGUGCGCAAUUCGUUUCUGACAGCACUCUGACACUGAGCUGAGCUGGAUGAUAUUUAAAACACCCUUUUACUAAACGAACUCUCAAUCGCCACCUUCGCUGUAAAAGAGCGAUUUCAAAUACUGCUGGGCAUCUGAGGGGGUCGUUAAGCCACUCUCUGGAUAGCUCGGCUGCUUCGGUUUCAACGACGUUGUCCUUUUCGACAGACCGUUUCAAAAGGGGUGCAAGGUGGCACAGUGGUCUAACGCCCUGCUCUGAAGAAUUACAUACCAUUGUCCUACAUAGCCAUCGAUAAAGCCACCUUGUUCUACAGAAGUGAGGUGGAGCAGUGGGCUAAUUCCCUAGUAUGCUGGGUUCAAAUCCAGCUGAUCCCAUCCGUUGUUUUCAAAGAGCUGGUUCAUUUAUAAUCAGUGUGAAACAAAGAUUUGCUGUGGG